AUGUUUAUGAAGGAGAAAGGGCCCCCUGGUUGGCCGAAAACCAGGGAAGCAGGAAGAGAAGGGGAAAGGGGGGAAAGGAGUGGAGGAACGAAAGUGGAGGAAGGGAGAGAAGAAGAAGAGAAAUGGGAAGAAGAGAUGAGCUCUGAGGAAGGAGAUAGGGGAAAGGAUAUGGGUGAGGUGAUUGAGGAGACAAAGGAAAGAGGAAUGGAAAUGGAAAGAGAAGAAAGCAAGAUACUCAAAAGCCUGAGGAAGGACUGGGCACUAGAGUAUUUGGCGGAGGAGGAAAAAGCGGUCCUAGAAGCGACCAAGAGAGAAUGCAGGGAUAAGGAUAUGGAGGAAGAUAAAACAGCGAAAGUGAUGGAGGACAGAAUGGAGACAGAAGAGAGGAAAAAAAGGGCAAGAGAAGUGGAAGAGGAGGAGGAAGUCCAGGAAGGUAGAGGUAGGAAAGAAAAGAGGAGGGAGGAGAGAGAAUCUGGAAAUGACGUAGAAGAUAGGGGAUCGGAAAGGACCAAUGAGGAGGAGUUAGUUGGGGAUUUCAUGGGAGACGAAAGUCAAGAGUUGGUAUGGAAAUGA